CUUCAUACUUAUGAUAUUGCUGGAGCUGCUAGUGAAGCUAAAGAACCUGGUAUUCAGAAUAAAAUAUAUUAUACACAAGCUUAUCAUAUAGAAAAAGAAGCUUUUUCAGCUUCGAAAUCUAUACUUUUAGAAGAAUUAAAUGAAAAUGAUGCAAUAUAUAAUUCUUCAAAAAUUAAUAAGACUUGUAAAAACUCAAUUAUCAUAUUAAAUAAAAUUAUUAAUACUCAUUUUGGUGCAAGAUUAGAAUAUAGAAUUGGUUUUGAUAUUACAAACCAAUUUUAUAAUAUUGUACAAGAUAAAUUACAUAAUUAUUUAACUAUAAACCCUUUUUAUAUUAUUUCUACUCAUCUUAUAUCAAAGGUUAAAAUUGCUAAACUAAAAACUUUUUUAAAUAUUUAUAAUCUUUCUUUUAGCCAUUUAUUACAAUCUGCUAAUUUUAAUAAUGAAUCAUUUAGAAUUUGUUUAGUUAUUUUAAUAAAAAUAAUUAAUCAAAGCUUUGAAGCAUUAUCUAAUACUAAAAAAUAUUUUGAUAAUUAUACAGCUAGAAUUACUUCUCAACAAAAUCAACAAUUAACAAAUUUUAAUGAUGAAAUUAAAAUUAAUUCUGAUGAUAAUAGAAGAAUUAAAAGAUUAAUUAACUAUAUUAUAACAACAUCUAAUCAUGAAGAUGAAAUGCAUGAACUAGUUGAAUUAAUUUGGGCUUAA